AUGAAUGUCGACAAAUUAAGUGAGGAGCUCACUGCCCUCCUCUCGCAACAUUUCCAUAUAGUCGCUACAGACUCCCAGCGUCACGAUCAAUGGUACAAACGGUCAUACCAAUCAUUCACCUCCGAGCACGGCGACCAAAAGCCAUUGAUCUUGGUUCCUAAAGAUUCCAGGGAAGAAUGGGUUCCUCACAUGCGUCAAUUCGCGGCUUCACUUGGCAAACAGCUUAAAAAAACCGGGAAUAAACGAAAGCCUACCGAUAACAUUCCCGAAUCUAAGCUAUUUUUAGACAAUGUCCUCGAUGAAGCACAUACACGACCACUUUGUCUGGGUAUCACUGAUUCGAAACCAUUAUUCCCAGACAUGAUGCAAAUGUCGUGGUGGACAAACAAAAUUCACCACCCGGAGGAUAAACAUCGUCGCCGAAAAGGGAUCAAGGCACUCAUUGCCUGUGGACAAGUGGACUCUUUAGUCCGUCUAGCUACAUGGCCCAAAACGCACCCAGGAGAGGUUGACCAUAUAAGAUCCUACCAAUGGAACGUGCUAAACAACGGAUGGCAAGCUACUACCGAUAAGAUCAUCGUUAUCAUGCUGUUCAUCGGUAUUACGCGCACUUUUACCGAAGACUUGAUUGCAAAAGACGGCUACAAAUACUGGGCUCCUGUGGUGUUUCUCAAUUACAAAUCACCGUUGAAAGGAUACAUCGAAGCUCUGGGUGGUAAAAUACCUGCAACCGAUGCUCAAAGGCGACAGCAAAUGACGCAUUGCAUACAGGCUUUGCGUGCAGCCCAAUCCUGGGCUGUGAGCAGUGAAUCUCUUAUCGAUUGGGAAGAAACAAUUACGGACAUGUUCUUAUAUAUGUUGGGAUUCGAGGCUUGGAAUCAGGGUCGGGAGGGUGAGGGAUAUUUGGCCUGUGAUUUGAAUAAGACAAAGACUGCCAAGUCGCUUCAAGGAGUGGGUCAGGGCGAUGAGGAGGAGGAGGAUGUAUCGGCCGAUGAUGACGAAGGAAACCCCAAGAAGCCGAUCGACCCCCUCAAUUUGAGGGACCCCAAGAAGGAAACUGUACCGGAGCCUAGGGAGGAGGAACAACAACAGAUGGACGAGCUCGCCGUGUUGGAAUCGGCGGAGGCGGAGUACGGGCGAAAACGAAGUGACAAAUACAAAGGCAAGAAAAAAUAG